AAAGUUAUUUCAAUUAAAUAAUCAUCGAGUUUAUAAUUAUUUGUCGAUAAAAUGACGCAGAAUAAAUUAAACGAUUUUAUGUCAAGAUUUAAUAAAAGUCCGAAUAGUUUAUCACUAGGAUUCAAGCUUCUUGCUGCAGCCGGCGUAACAGCUUAUGGAGUAGCUAAAUCUAUGUACACAGUUGAAGCUGGUCAUAGAGCAAUUAUAUUUUCUCGUAUCAAUGGUAUCCAAAAAGAUAUAUUUCCUGAAGGUUUACAUUUCCGUAUUCCAUGGUUUCACUAUCCCAUAAUAUACGAUAUUAGAAGUAAACCAAGAAAAAUUUCAUCCCCAACUGGAUCUAAAGAUUUACAAAUGGUUAAUAUAUCUCUUAGAGUUCUGUCACGACCUGACGCAACUGCGUUACCAACUAUGUACCGUCAAUUAGGUCUUGAUUAUGAUGAAAAGGUAUUACCAAGUAUAUGCAACGAAGUGCUUAAAUCAGUUGUCGCUAAAUUCAAUGCAUCACAGCUUAUAACACAAAGACAACAAGUUUCUAUUUUAGUACGUAAAGAAUUGACGGAACGUGCUCGUGAUUUUAAUAUUGUGUUGGAUGAUGUAUCAAUAACCGAAUUAAGUUUUGGUAAAGAAUAUACUGCUGCAGUUGAAGCCAAACAAGUUGCCCAACAGGAAGCACAAAGGGCUGCAUUUGUAGUAGAACACGCUAAACAGGAAAGACAACAGAAAAUUGUACAGGCGGAAGGAGAAGCAGAAGCAGCUAAAAUGCUUGGUUUAGCUUUAAGCCAAAAUCCAGGAUACUUGAAGUUACGUAAGAUUCGUGCAUCACGACGAAUUGCUCGCACGAUCGCCCAAUCUCAAAACAGAGUGUAUCUUAGUGGAAACAGUCUUAUGCUGAACAUUCAAGAUCCUUCAUUCGAUGACUCAUCGGAUAAAUUAAAAAGUAACGAACGCUUGAACCGGAGCAGUUGGAAUGAAUCAACACAGCACGCGGUUAAUGUCUUAAAAUCUGGUCCUCAAGCAGUAAAUAAUGCAGAUAAAUCUUACAUCGAGCUUACAACAACUAAUCCUGAAGAUUCCAUUUCUAUUGUAUUGGAUUCUGCAGAAGAUGGUGCUAAAAUGAUUGUUUCUUAAAUGUAACAUUUGUUUACAUUGAAUAAACUAUUUCUAUGAGUUUGCGCAGCGAGCUUCUAACAAAUAAUAUCAAUCAAACUUUUAUAUA